AUGAACGGGGGCUGGACAGGGACUGGCAAUGACAAGAGAUCACAAAAAGCUAUCGUGGAGUUCAUCUGCGACAAGAAUCUGGAGGGCACCGAGAAUCUCUGGGACCCGGAGGAUAAAUACGAAGAGAAGAUCAAGCGUGCUGAGGGAGAUGAUAAGAAGAAAGAGGAGCCAGAGAAGGACGUCUCGAAAGAACCAAGUCUCAAGUUCAUCAGAUACGACACCUCUGGAGACACUGAAGACAUUCUACGCUUAACGUGGAGAACGAAGUAUGCAUGCGAGGAUGCAAUCAACAACCCGGAUCCGGAAGAGAAGGCACCAGGAUGGGGCUUCUUUACUUGGUUUAUCAUCAUCGCUUUCCUCUCCACUGCAACCUACCUUAUCUUCGGCUCCUGGCUCAACUACAACCGAUAUGGUGCUCGAGGUUGGGAUCUGCUCCCUCACGGCGAUACUAUCAGAGAUGUUCCAUACCUGUUCAAGGACUGGAUGCGACGGGUUCUGAACACGGUGCAAGGCAGUGGAAGUAGAGGGGGAUAUGCAGCCGUAUGA